CCGUGCCCCGGGGGGGGGCCGGUCCCGGGGGGUAUUUAAGGCCGGGCUGGUGGCCGCCCCCCCCCAGCCCCCACCAUGCUCCGUGCCCUGCUGCUGCUGGGGGGCCUGGCCCCCACCCUGCCCGCUGGUCCCCACUGGGCAUAUGAGGGCCCCCAUGGGCAGCAGCAUUGGCCCCAGGGCCACCCGGCCUGUGGGGGCCGAGCCCAGUCACCCAUCGACAUCCAGCGGCGGGGGGCUCAGCCGGACCCCUCCCUGCCCCCCCUGGGCUACCAGCACCCCACGGCGCCGACCUUCGCCCUGGCCAACAACGGCCACACCGCGGUGCUGGUGCUGCCGCCCACCCUGCAGCUGCGGGGGCUGCCCCGGCCCUUCGCCGCUGCUCAGCUCCACUUCCACUGGCCGGCCCGGCGUGCUGGCGCUGAGCACCUCCUGGAUGGGCACCGCGCCCCCGCCGAGAUGCACGUGGUGCACUACGACGCGGAGCGUUACGCCAAUGCCAGCGAGGCGCAGCACCACGCCGGCGGGCUGGCCGUGCUCGGCGUCCUCCUGGAGGUGGGUGCUGACCCCCACCCCGCCUACGACAACAUCCUGAGCCACCUCGGGAGCAUCCGCUACGCAGGGCAGACGACCACCGUCCCCUCCUUCAGCGUGCAGGACCUGCUGCCCCCCCGCCUGGACCUCUACUACCGCUACAACGGGUCCCUCACCACCCCCCCGUGCUUCCAGGGGGUCCUUUGGACCCUCUUCCAGCAGCCCGUCCACAUCAGCCUGGCGCAGCUGGAGCAGCUCCAGGGAACCCUUUAUGCCACGGAGGCGGCCGAGCCCGAGCCCCAGCGCCUGGUGGAUAAUUUUCGGAUCCCGCAGGAGCUCAACGAGCGGCUGGUGCUGUCGUCCUUCCCCAGGGAGCCCGAGGGGUAUUCGACAGGUGAAGUCAUCGCCAUUGUCUUCGGUGCUGUCUGCAGCUGCCUCGGCGUUUUCCUCGCUAUCCACUUCGUGGCCAAGAGGAUUCGAGCGAGGGGGACGCAGGAGCAGGACGUCGUGUUCAAAGCCUCCUCCCGCCGCACGCCCGACGAUGACCCCCACCCUUGAACCCCUCCGCUGCCCCCCAGCCCUCCGAGGGGCCACUUAGGGGUCAGCCCCACCGCGGCAACGGCCCCUGCCCCACUGGAAAUAAAGCCCCUUCCCCACCCCAUGGCACUGGUGGCUCUUGGCUGGGAGGGGGGGGUUGGGAAAUGAGGCCGUUUGCCCAGGGGCUUUAUCCUGCCAACCCUGAGAAACCAGG